CAUAUCAAAUCAACUAUCUCUUCAUUAUGAUUAAAUGAAGUAUUCAGUGUUCUCGUAUAAAGUGAAAUUUCAUAAUAGUAAAUUGCUAAGUCUUCCGACACAGUCGGGCUAAAUUGAUCAAAUGAAUGUAAAUAAUAAAACAAUAAGUGGUCGGUGUCAAGUGAUUUCUCCGCCUACUGCUACGCCGGAGAUCAUUAUGCGGUUAGCGAGACAUGCGACUUGAGUACUCCUAACUACAGAUUACUUGAGCCAUUAUGUCGGGUGAAGGAGAGCGCGCGUCCCGGCCUAACUCCCUCCUGCUCGAGCCACCUCCCCCGGAGCGCGAGCCGCUACAUUUUGAUGUGCAGCUCGUCGGGGCACCACCGGAAGUAGAACAACUGGUCAAUAACAUCAAACAAGUCGCUGAAGACUUCCUCUAUCAUUGGAAGACAUUUCCUAUUGUACUCCCACCAUCACAAUUUACGGGUCCCGGUAAUAAACCUUCGGAUAUUAUAAUUGCACCACCUUGCGAUGAGUUGGAUGCAGCAGCUUUGGAUGCAGGAGUGGAGCCACAGCCUUUAUCACCAAAACAACUGCAUGCCAUACGAGAGAAAGGGGAAUUCGAAGUGCCAUCCCGUCACUUUCCUGGUCAGAGUCAUGUGUGGCGCGUGGCGGGAUGGCUGCAACGCGGGAGAGCGCGUGCUCGUGAGGAGCUGUACUGCCACGUGGCGAGGGCAGUGGCACUACUGGUGGUUGUGGCCAGAGAUCGCCUGCUCAGAGACGAACCGCUGUCCGUGAUAGCUGGAGGAAAAGCGUUGCUACAAGGACUACAUAGGUUAUUAGAUGUCCUGAUUGGAAUGCCGUCGCUAGAAGCUCGGGACCUUGAUAAGAAAAUUCGGGAAGAAAGAUCGAGAUACUUGGUGGCGGAACUCAUUUGUAAGCCGGAAGACCAGGAGGACAUAACGGCGCUGGCGGCGUGGGUGUCGCGCGCUAUGCGCCGCGCCGCCAGCGAGAAGACGGACGCGCGCGACGCUCUGCGCCUGGCGCCCCGUGUUCCCUGUGUAUACACCACGCCGCAGAAGACACAGGUGGACUUGCGGCUGUACCGGCGCGAGGUUGCGAGACGUGCGGCUGGUCCGCUGCAGGCGUUGCUGGAGCGCGAGUCUCGCGGCUGGUUCCUGCACUUCCGCGAGCGCCGCGCCGCGCACCUCGCCAGCCAGAAGGUGCCCAUCAAGGACAUCGAAGAGGAGGUGCGAGUGGCGGCGCUGCGGGAGUACGUGUCGCGAGUGUGCAGCGCCGUGCUGGCCAGCGAGCCACUGCGCGCGCUCGGAGACGGCGUGCCCGACCUGCUCGCAGCUCAGCUCCGCGCAGCCGUACUCAUGGACAGAGCGAAAGAGGGCGUGCAGCGCAAGCUGGAGGCGGGGCUGGCGCGUGCGGAGGCGCGCAUCCUGGCGACGCACCCGGUGCUGUCUCGAGCGGGCGCGUGGCGCGCUGAGCGGCUGGCGGCGGCCUCGCGCCGGCUGCGUGCAGACCUCAGCUGGGCGCCGCUGGAGGACGCCGCCGCCGCCAUGCAGGCGCAGCAGCUGCACCAGCACAGAUACUUCCUGCUCAGAGACCUCGCCUUUCUGAGGGACCGCGAGCCCCUUCUUCUCAAGGAGCUGCGCGCUGCUAAGACGCCCACUCGUGAGUUCACCUGGGCCACCCGUAUCUGGCUUCCACGAAACUGGUCUGUGGUACGUCACUUCCGUGGUCGCAGCGAGCGAAUCCCGACAGUGUUGAGUUCACGCGCCACCUCCAUAGUGACACCGCGCUCCGACCCCAGCCAGCCCGUGUUUCUAGUGCACCGCGAACGUCUGCGCCGCACCGCCACACGCUGGCCCGCCUGGCGCCUGCUCAACCUCGCGCACAGGACGUGGUGCUGGGGCUGGAACAUGAUGUUCCUCCUGGGAGUGCUGGUGCCCUGGUAUUCACCGGUGUCCUUGCGCGCGUUGCUGCAAGUCAAGCCCUUUGUCACCGACUACGAGCUCUCCCAGGUAAAUGGUACGCUGUUUCCGAAGCGCAGCAGUGAAACGCAGACGAUGUGGUCACGACUGCUUCGGCUUUGGCGACACGUCUCCAAGGAGCGUACGCGAUUCGAGACUGAACCUGACACAGGUCUCCUGGGUAAGGGUAUGAGUCGGCAAGCGAAUCGGCUAUGGAACUACGGCGUGGUAGGAGGUCUGGGGUCUGUGGCGUUGCUGCUGGCGUUCCCGUUAUGUGCGGUGCUAUGCUGCUUACUGUCUCUAUGCGCCGCCCUCACAGUGCCACUCUGGAUGCCCGCACUCACACUCGCCGUACACGCCUCUAAUGCCCUAGUGUAUGACCUGGACUGCCCCGCCCCCAAACUCAACAGGUAUUUUGUGCUACUAGAGAUAGUGGUGUGGCACAUUGGACUGCUGGGUGUGCUGCAGCCGCUGGCAGCGUUGCUGGUAGCCGUAGUUCUGUGUCCACUCGGUGCGCUGCUUUUGUUUGUCGGUGGUGUGAGCUGGUGGGCGGCGCGCGGUGUGUGGGAGGCGGCGGCGUGGCGCGCUGUGAUAGUGCGCGCGGCGCGAGUGCCCGCACACGACUCCGCCUUCUGCAGGCGCGUCGCCGGACCCGGCCUGCACACGCGCGCCUGCUACCAGAUCACUGCGGCGCAGGCGCUGGCGGCGGUGUGCGCGCGCGCCGAGCUGGAGGCGCUGUCGGAGUGGGCGGCGGAGAUUGAGAGCGUCAUAGAGCGCCCUCUGCGGGACUAUGCGCACUUCGUCGACGCAUGCUUUGGACCAUUCUCUGUGCAGAUUGCUAAGACGGGUGCGUACAAGCAGCUGGAGAAGGAGUGCAAUGAGCUGGUGAUGUCAGUGCGGGAGAAGUUGUCUGCACGACGGCGGGACCUUGCACUCGGGUUGACUGACGCGGCGCGUGUGCGCGUGCGCAUGACUGCACCGGACCUGCGUAAAGCUGUGCAAGCGUCUGCGCACGAGUUGUCCCGCUCGUGGUCAGGACGCGGCGAGGAGUGGUGGAGCGCACGCGGCCUGGAGCCAGCAGACUGGCACGCUCUUGCUGCCAACACGCUAGUAGAGGUGUUCGACGCAGAGAUCCUGGUGGCGCUGGAGGAGGGGGAGGCGCGACUGUCACUGGAGGGCGGGGAGGCGGCGCGGGCGUGGGCGGCGCGCUGCGGCCGCGGCCUCGCCCCGCCCGACGUGCUGGCUGAGCGCGACCACUGGCGUCGUGACCCGCACGAACCACAACCACAUGGUGUGUGGGGUGAGUGGAGCGGUACACCAGCUCCUCGCGUGCCUCCGCCAUCACUGGAUGUGAGCGCGUUCAGUCCUCGUGCUCCGCUACAGCCUCCAGUACCACAUCCCGCUGCAGUCGCCCUCGUGCUGCACAACAGAGAGUCGGAUAACCCGGUGCCGCUGGACUCGGAUCUGUGCGCCGACAUACUACGCACUCUGGAAGACGCACCCGACAUAGAUGACAGACGAGAUGAGAAGUGUGGCUCGGAGGUAGAGCGGUACCGUGGCGGUGGUAGCUCGGCGAGCAGUUCGGCGAGCGGUUCGGCGAGCAGUGCGCCGAGCAGCGCCGGCUCGCCAGAUGACGACCGCGCUGAUUGCGCGCACGACACCGCCCUCUGCAGAAUAUCAGGCAGCAGAGAGCGUGCGGCGUGUCGUUGGACGCUGACGGGUCGCGGAGUGCGACUGCGCGCAGAUCUCGCCAGUCCAGAGGACGUGACACUGGACACUGACAGGCAUGUCGGCACCUCCGUAUGAAAUUGCAACCUUAACUAUAUACGUUUAAAGUCGAAAAUCGAUUGUAGCUAACUGAAGAACUCGAAUGUAUUAAUACAUGUGUCAGUGCAAUGUGAGUUCUAUAGUCAUACAUUUAAGGUGGAAAAUCGAUUGCAGCUAACAGAAGAACUCAACCGCCGUGAUAGACGUCACUUUU